UCCUCCAGGGCGCAGGACGCACGGCGGACGCGCGUAAAAGCAACCGAGCCGUCUCGCUUUCACGUUGAAUUAUCUCAGUGAUACAGUGUUUAAUUCCCCUCGGCGUGUCCAGUAGAAAAAGUUCGGUCUUUCCUUUGUUUUCAGUGUACGAUACUUCGUUUAGAACCGCAGGUACCGCGGGUGUUUUUUUUUUUUUUUGGCUGUCUUGUUUUCACCCUCUCUCUCUAGCGAACCGGAGGUGUGUUUCCUAUGAUGCGCGAAUAUCACAGGAGUGUUUGCGCCACGCUUUGGAUCCAUAAUGUGAGGAUUUGUGUCGGAAUAAACAAGGACGCUGCUUAAAGGAAAAACCUAAGCUCCCCAGUGUGACCAGUGAAGCUCGUUUAAACCCCCCUAAAGUGCGGAAUGGGGCCGUCAUCCGCACUGCUUCUCAUUGCCUUUUUGGGCUGGGCUGAAGGUUCCUCUCUUCUCUACUCAGACGGCCGCUCCAGCCGCCUCUCGCUGGAGAAAACCUUCGGCCGGUCGGUCAAAGACUCCCAGUGUCAACACAUGCUGAAGCACCUUCACAACGGAGCCCGAAUCACUGUGCAGAUGCCUCCCAAUGUAGAGGGUCACUGGGUGUCCACCAGCUGUGAGGUGAGACCAGGACCGGAGUUCUUGACACGCUCCUACAGUUUCUACGCAAACAACACCUUCCAGGCUCACCAGUUCUACUAUGACGACAACCACUGCACCAAACCUACCUACACUCUGGUCAUCCGGGGUCGUCUGCGCUUACGCCAGGCCUCCUGGAUCAUCCGCGGCGGCACAGAGGCAGAGUACCACCUCCACCGUGUCCAGAUGGUGUGUCAUACAGCCACCGUGGCUAAAGAGCUCAGCCAGAGGCUCAACCACAGCUGCCGAGGGGCAGUGAAGGGCCCCUGGGAGCCAGGUGUGAUCUACGAGCUGUGGAGCGAGGAGGCCGGCUACGACUGCUCCAGGGAGCUUAACUUUGCCAUGCAUGAGCUGCAGCUACUGAGGGUAGAGAAGCAGUACCUUCAUCACAACCUGGAUCACCUGGUGGAGGAGCUGUUUUUAGGAGAUAUCCACACCGAGCCGUCGCAGAGGCUGUACUACAAGCCGUCCAGCUACCAGACCGCCCUGCAAAACGCCAAGAACCACGACCACGGGUGUAUCGCCUGUCGUAUCAUCUACCGCUCUGACGAGUUCCACCCCCCCAUCCUGCCGCCGCGGGCCGACCUGACCAUCGGCUUGUACGGCCAGUGGGUGAGCCAGCGCUGCGAAGUCCGCCCUGAGGUCCUCUUCCUCACCCGCCACUUCAUCUUCCAUGACAACAACCACACCUGGGAGGGCCACUACUACCACUACUCCGACCCCGUCUGUAAACACCCCACCUUCACCAUCUACGCCCGCGGACGCUACAGCCGAGGGCUUCACUCCACUCGAGUCAUGGGCGGGACAGACUUUGUCUUCAAAGUGAACCACAUGAGAGUGACGCCCAUGGACCUGGCCACCACCUCCCUCCUCAACGUCUUCAACGGUAACGAGUGUGGAGUGCAGGGGUCCUGGCAGGUGGGGGUGGAGCAGGAUGUCACCAUAACAAACGGCUGUGUGGCGCUAGGCAUCCGGCUCCCCCAUACAGAGUACGAGCUCUUCCGCAUGGAGCAGGACGCCCACGGCCGCUACCUGCUCUACAACGGCCAGCGUCCCAGCGACGGCUCCAGUCCGGACCAGCCAGAGAAGCGAGCCACGUCUUACCAGAUGCCCCUGGUCCAGUGCUCGGCAAGCAGCCAACCGUCUGACUACAGCCGAGGGGAUGACAGCGACAGGCCUCUGUUGCACCACAACGACUGCACAGGAUGGCACAUAGCCAGUCAGAAACACGCCACCGUGGCGUUGUUUGCGUUCGUCACGUCUGUGCUCCUUUUCUGGCAAAGCUAGAGAGCAGUUGGUGCUUUUUCUACAUAAAGACACAAGGGCGGACUAGGAGACUUGGUUUCCAAAACAACAAAUGUAAACAUUUAACUUUCCCUUUCCGAUGAGAAUGAGGAUGAAGACUGGUGCCCAUGAUCCUCUGAACUCUACCCCAGCUACCAAAGACUCCAACACUGCUGCACCACAGAAACUGCACUUUACAGUGGAACCAAAGACCGACUUGUCUGUUUUCCACAAAUAUACAAAGAUGUCUAUAUCCACACAGACCUGAGACUAUGUUUUAUACAGUGUAUUUACCUAAAACUAUCAAGUCAUUUCUUGGUUUGGUAAUGCAAAACAAAACAAAACAAAAAAAAAGAUUUCAUGCGUGGUAAUGUCUUUUUACAACAAACUCUUUGACAAUAAGCUCCUUGUCUCAAGGAGGUAUGCUUGUGAGUCACCGUUUACAGUAAAAGGGAACUACCGUACUUAUAUUGAAGCAAUUUCUUAAAAUAUAACCUGAACUCCACAGCAGUUUUAUGUCAUCUAUUCCACAUAAAGAUCAUACUGUUAUUUUGGAUACAAUAAAACUCUUUCAUCGGCAGGCAAAUAACUCCUGCCCAUAGCUGCAUCUUCUCCGGUCGAGACUUGACCUUGUUUCCACUGGGGCUAUUUUGAAAUCAUGUGGUACUCAAAUUGGGACUCUCUACCUGGAAAACUGGCAUAUAAACUAGAGUUGCCUCAACAACUGUAAAAUUUGAAAAAUGAAUAUAGCAACUUAGGACUAUUAGGACUUGGACAUUUGGCUAAAGUCAAUUAAAUGUUAAUGAGAAUAAUUUUCUGAUAUCAGUAUGGUAAAUGUAUGCAAAACCACAUUAAACCAAAUUAAUGGAACUAAUUAUGUUCUAGCUUUACAUGUGUAAAGUGUGUCAGUUUUAAAUUACAAUUUAUUUUGAGUCACUGGAGUAGCAGAAUUUUGUAAAAUACGAUUCCACUACAUACCGUCACUCGAGAAUAUUGGAUUGUAACUUAGUCUUAUGUGUAAUCCAUAGCUAUUACACUGUUUAACUAUAUCACAGUGCAGCUUUGUUUUCACAAAUUUUGAAAAACAAUAAAUCCAUUUUAUUAUAAUAUGGCACCUCGUGGGUGUUACCUGCUUCACUGUCCUUGGUUGAAGGAAUGCAUGCAAAAAAAAAGACCCAAAUACAUUCAUUCAGCUCCUGCUUUGGGGGGCUAGUUUUGGCCUAACUCCAUGAUUUAAAAAAAAAAAAAAAUGAUAUACUAUCAUUAAUUUUCACAGUAAACAAGACUUUCCUUCAAUGCAAGACAUUACUGGGGGGAAAAAAUGCAGGAAUAUGCCAUUGUUUCAACAUCUGCCUUUAAUUUACUCUUAUCUUUGAAUACUGUUGGUCCUCCGUUUCCCUUAGGUUUUACAGUGUGGGAUGUGUUUCUGCUAUGCAAGUUGUUUUUUAAGCAGUUGUUCAUAUCAAAGACAAAGAUGACGGAAGUCUAAUCGGGAAUUGUUAUAGGUAUGUUUGCUUUGGUAAUUAUUCCAUGCUUUUUUCCAAUUUGACGAACUUUAGCAAUUUCAUAAAACUGAGUAAACCCCUCAACAAAUUCACCACAGGGAUCUUACAGGAAUAAGUGGAUUCAAUCUGUGUAAUCAGUGAAAAACUGGGACAACAGGUAGAUUCUGGUAAUUAGAUAAAGUAGGCCACAUAUUACCUGUCCAGAUGUGUGGCCCCCUAAAUAAGUCUUCCCGUGAGGAAUCUGUGAAAAGAAAAUACGAAUAUAUUAGUGCUCUUUGCUCCUCCAGGUGGUUUCUGAAUUUGAGAGUGGAAUAAAUUCAAAAUACCUCCAUUGGGAAUACGGUCAUCGAGUUGUAGUACAGUAUUACCACCCAUCUGUCCCCCAGUGGGAUCAAAGAGGUCGCAGGGGCCGUCUUCAGUCUGAAGAUGUCGUCGCUCCCAUCACCGUCCGGAUCGUGGACCAGUACCUGCUUUGGGAACCUACCUGCGUGCUUCUAGAUCACAUAAACUUUCACAACUGUGUUCAACAGAGAAAGCGCCAGCGGGCCACCACAGCAUACUCUGUUCCUGCCAUGGGAAACCUGACUGACAAUACUUUCCUAGGGCCAGUUUGUUCGGUGUACCCAGACUCAAGAACCUUUUAUUAGGCUCCCGGAAAUGUCUUUGUAACUGGA